UAUAAAGAAAAACCAGUGACGCUGUGGCCUGUUGGUAGUUGAUACCGCGACACUCCGCGGUUCACGUUUGAUUCGUACUUCAAGAUUAUAAUCAUUUGAAGAAAACCUAAGAAAAUGUCUACAUUAUCUCAUGGCAAGAAGCGAGUCUGCUACUAUUAUGAUAGCGAUAUAGGAAACUAUUAUUAUGGUCAAGGCCAUCCUAUGAAACCACAUCGUAUAAGGAUGACACAUAAUUUACUACUUAAUUAUGGUCUUUACAGAAAAAUGGAAAUAUAUAGACCACAUAAAGCUACAGCUGAUGAAAUGACAAAAUUUCAUAGCGACGAGUACAUAAGAUUUUUGAGAUCAAUCAGACCAGAUAAUAUGUCAGAAUACAACAAACAAAUGCAAAGAUUUAAUGUGGGUGAAGAUUGCCCUGUUUUCGAUGGCUUGUAUGAAUUCUGCCAAUUAUCAGCUGGUGGUUCUGUAGCAGCUGCAGUUAAACUUAAUAAACAAGCAUCAGAAAUUUGUAUUAAUUGGGGUGGUGGUUUACAUCAUGCUAAGAAGAGCGAAGCAUCAGGUUUCUGUUAUGUAAAUGAUAUUGUACUUGGAAUUUUGGAAUUACUUAAAUAUCAUCAAAGAGUUUUAUAUAUUGAUAUUGAUGUUCAUCAUGGUGAUGGUGUUGAAGAAGCCUUUUACACGACAGAUAGAGUAAUGACUGUCUCAUUUCAUAAAUAUGGUGAAUAUUUUCCUGGUACAGGAGAUCUCAGAGAUAUUGGUGCUGGAAAGGGCAAAUAUUAUGCCGUCAACAUACCUUUACGAGAUGGCAUGGAUGAUGAAAGUUAUGAGUCAAUUUUUGUACCUAUAAUUUCAAAAGUCAUGGAAACCUUUCAACCAUCAGCAGUUGUUUUACAAUGUGGAGCAGAUUCCUUGACAGGUGACAGACUUGGCUGUUUUAAUUUAACUGUAAGAGGACAUGGUAAAUGUGUAGAAUUCGUAAAAAAAUAUAAUCUACCAUUUUUAAUGGUUGGAGGAGGUGGUUAUACGAUUAGAAAUGUAUCUAGAUGUUGGACAUAUGAAACAUCUGUUGCUCUAGGGUCGGAAAUUGCUAAUGAACUUCCAUAUAAUGAUUAUUUUGAAUACUUUGGUCCUGAUUUCAAGUUACAUAUAAGUCCCUCAAAUAUGGCCAAUCAGAAUACACCUGAGUAUUUGGAAAAGAUAAAAACAAGACUAUUCGAAAAUUUAAGAAUGUUACCUCAUGCGCCGGGGGUUCAAGUGCAAGCAAUUCCAGAGGAUGGUGCUGUAAUCGAAGAUUCAGAAGCAGAAGAGAAAAUAAAUCCAGAUGAAAGAUUAUCACAAAGGGAUUUAGAUAAAAGGAUACAACAUGAAAAUGAAUACAGCGAUAGCGAAGAGGAAGGAGAUGGUGGUAGAAGAGACAAUAGAUCAUUCAAAACUUCUAGAAAGCGUCCGAGACUUGAAAAGGGUCAGGAAGGUAUGGAAAGUGAUAUAAAAAAGGAAGAAGAUAUAAAAUCCGAAGCAAAAGAAAACGAUAAAGACGAAAAAAUGAAUGCCACGAAUGAAGAGACGAAAAAAGAUGGUGGUGCGAAUCCCUGAUAAAUAAUAGCAUCUACUCGUCGGAAAUAUUGCAGAGGUCUUUAUUUAAAUCAAGUCUAAAUAAGCUUAGGUAACUUAAGUGCAAGGAGCACGUGGUGUACAGAUAUUCGUUACCUUAAGAUCAUCCCAUAAUCCAAAGUCAUUUGUUUUCUUCAUAUUUUAUAUAAUAGAAAAGGGAAGAAUACUUUAAUAUGAUAAUUUGAUUAUAUCCGUUUGUGAAGUAUAAUAACGAUAUUCAGAUAUACACGUACAAGCGUGAUCUUAACGCUUUGUAUUUUUAAUUAUUAUUAAAAUUUAUAUAUCUUUUUUUUUUUUCAUACA